GCACCGGGCCCUGCGAUGCCGUUUGGCUGCGUGACGCUGGGAGACAAGAAAGAUUAUAACCAGCCGUCCGAGGUGACCGACAAAUAUGACCUGGGCCAGGUCAUCAAAACGGAAGAGUUCUGUGAAAUCUUCCGGGCCAAGGAGAAGACGACGGGGAAGCUGUACACCUGCAAGAAGUUUCUGAAGCGGGACGGGCGGAAAGUGCGGAAGGCUGCCAAAAACGAGAUCAUCAUCCUCAAAAUGGUGAAGCACCCCAACAUCCUGCAGCUGGUGGACGUCUUCAUCACCCGCAAGGAGUAUUUCAUCUUCCUGGAGCUGGCCACCGGCCGGGAGGUCUUCGACUGGAUCCUGGACCAGGGCUACUACUCGGAGAAGGACACCAGCAACGUCAUCCGGCAGGUGCUGGAGGCCGUCGCGUACCUGCACUCGCUCAAGAUCGUCCACAGGAACCUCAAGCUGGAGAACCUGGUCUACUAUAACCGCCUGAAGAACUCCAAGAUCGUCAUCAGCGACUUCCACCUGGCCAAGCUGGAGAACGGGCUCAUCAAGGAGCCCUGUGGCACCCCUGAGUACCUGGCUCCGGAGGUGGUGGGGCGGCAGCGGUACGGGCGGCCAGUGGACUGCUGGGCCAUCGGCGUCAUCAUGUACAUCCUCCUCUCGGGGAACCCCCCUUUCUACGAGGAGGCAGACGAGGAUGACUACGAGAACCACGACAAGAACCUCUUCCGCAAAAUCCUGGCCGGGGACUACGAGUUUGACCCACCAUACUGGGACGACAUCUCGCAGGCGGCCAAGGAGCUGGUGACGCGCCUGAUGGAGGUGGAGCAGGACCAGCGGAUCACGGCGGAGGAGGCCAUCUCCCACGAGUGGAUCUCUGGCAACGCCGCCUCCGACAAGAACAUCAAGGAU